CAAUGGGAUAGUACGCAGUGUUUUAAAGAAAUCUGAUACGAAAAGUUAUAUCCCGAAAAGUUAAUUUAUGUUUAUCAAUUAAUUAUUAAUUAACUUAAGAGUAAAAAGUGAUCAAGUGAAAUAUUUUCAGACUUAUUUAAGGAUUGCAAAGUAUUAUGGUCCAGUUCUUGCACUAAUCGUUUAACAAUGAUAAACUUUAUUGUUUUGGAAGGUCCAGUUAUAACAAAUAGGUGAAAAAUUCAUAUAAUGGAUAAUGAAAUUGAAGAAGAGCUAGAUAUAAAUGAACAAAUUUUUCAUAACAAUGUUCGAGAGCAAAUAAUAUUUUUGCUUCUCUUCCUGUGCCUUUACCUGGCCAGUUUUGCUCUGUUAGGCCGAUUCAGACGAAAAGGGAAGGAAGAUUAUUACAGUAGCGAUGAAGACGAAAUAAUCGUUUAUAGAAUAAGUAGUUGGCUGUGCACGUUUUCAUUGGCUGUUUCUAUAGGAGCGGUUCUAUUGUUACCCAUAUCAAUUAUUUCCAACGAAGUAUUGGUUAAUUAUCCUAAUAGCUAUUAUAUAAAAUGGCUCAAUUCGUCGCUUAUACAGGGUCUAUGGAACUACGUAUUUUUGUUUUCAAACUUGUCCAUGUUUGUGCUGCUACCGUUCGCUUAUCUCUUCACCGAAUCUGAGGGAUUUUUUGGCCAAAGAAAAAGACUUUGGGCGAGAGUGUACGAAACUUUCGUCGUUUUAACUCUUUUAACUGUUGUUGUACUGGGCAUGACGUAUGUCCUUUCAGCUUUGUUUAACGAAGAAGAAGCCAGCUUAAUACCCAUAUUCAAUUUAUGGAGCUACCUCCCUUUUUUAUACUCCUGCAUAUCGUUUCUAGGAGUUCUUAUUUUAUUAGUAUGCACCCCCUUAGGUUUUGUACGUCUAUUCGACGUAGUCGGAAUUUUUUUAAUAAAGCCUCAAUUUUUACACGAUAUAAAUGAAGAUUAUUUCGCUUAUGCUAUAGAAGAAGAAUGCUUAAACAGAAGACUGAAACAAGUCCAAUCCACAGGGCAUUUCUUUCUGAGUCCAGAGCCAAUGGCUGUUGAUGACAGUCCUAUUUAUAAUGACGAAUAUAAGUUAGAUGACUGUUUCUUGCGUUUGAGAAAUGGGGAGUUACAGAACGGUUUAAGUGUGAAGUUAAAAGAGAUUGCCCAGAAACGAUUUCUUCUUGAUAAGCAAAGAAAGACCUCAUCGCUCAGAAGAAAUGUUGUAUAUCCCAUAGCCAUGUUACUUUUAAUAGGUUUAACAAUAAUUGCUGUUUUGUUAGUUGUGCAAAACACUCUGUCAUUGUUAAUAGGAAUCAAGGCUUUGCCAAGUAGUUCAAAGCAAUUCACGUUAGGAGUAAGUUCAUUAUCUAAAUUAGGACCGUUUGGUGCCGCUUUAGAAAUCACCAUGAUCGUCUAUUUCAUCGCCACAUCAUCGAUAGGUUUCUACACCGCACCGUGGGUGAAGAAAAUGAGACCCACCGUUAAAAGCACUUCAUUUACUUUAGUGAUAGCCAACUGUGCUUUGGUUUUGAUCAUUAGUUCAGCGUUGCCACUGUUGUCAAAAAUUCUAGGUAUAACAAAUUUCGAUCUUUUGGGAGACUUCGGCAGUAUAGAGUGGCUGGGAAAUUUUAAACUAAUUCUUCUCUACAACAUACUAUUCGCCACCGUCUCGUCCCUGUGCAUAGUUAAUAAGUUCACAGCCAAAGUGAGAAGGGAAUUGUACGCCCGAACUAUGGUAUUCUUGAAAUUGCACGAGCCACAAGUGAUGGUUUCUAAUACACCCAGGUCUUCGUUUUUGACAAAGAGUGAGUAGCAGGUAACAUUUUGUUUGUUACUAAUUUUAAGUACCAAUUUUGUAUAUACACGCUUGAUAUUAUUUAUUUGAAAAUUUGUGAUUUAAGUGUUUUUUGAAUGUUUAUAUUAAGAAUUAUACUGCCUUUGCUAUGUAUGUACGUUUGCCCUUGUUAUUUUAAAAUAGUAUUCCUUGUGGUAUUAUUAUAUAUUUUUUAAAAUUUCUAUGUUUCUUAACAAUAAAAAGAAUAAGUCCAUAUUUGUUGUCAGUUUUUGAAUAGAAUAUAAACUAAAAUACAAUUUGCCAAAGCUCCUGUGGUUUCUUUUUUGUUAAAAACAUAGUAAUGCAUCUGUGAUUAACUGAUUUUAUAUUGUAUUUAUAAAAUAAGCAAGCAGAAUAUUUAGCCUUCGAUACCUAAAACUUGUAAUUAGGUUAAGAAUUUUAAUUUUAGGUAAUAUUAAAUUCAUUUAUAUUUAUUGCUCAACAUUAAGUACCCAUAACGUGUUACAAGCAUAUCAUUCGUGAUGUAAUAAAGCAUAUUGAUUUUUA